UCAGCUCGCCCUGCUCCGGCGGACGGGCGCGGAGCGAAGGGCCGCGCUCGAGGGGCCGGGCGAGGAGCCGGGCGGCGGCAGAGCCGGGAGGCUGGCCGCGCGCCUGGCGCUGGAGCUGGCGCUGGCGCUGCUCGUCGCGGGGGCCUUUGCCGAGCUGGGCUCGAGGCGCAAGGUGUUCGACUCGGGGGACGACAAGGCCAACUACGUCGAGAACCAGCUGAUCCGGCCCCUGGACCACCCCAGCGCGGGCCAGUGGGCCGUUCGGAUCCGCGAGAUGCUCGCGGACGGCGGCGUCAUCGGCGUCUGGGAGCCCGUGAGCCUGGCCUUCAAGCUGCUGUUGGUGGAGGCGUUCGGGCUCGAGUGCCGCGUCUUCACCGGCGCCGCGGUGGUGCUGCACGCGGCCUCGUGCGCGCUGGCCGUGGAGCUCUGCCUGCGGCUGCGGCGGCUGCUGGACGGGUCGCGGCGGGGCGCCAGGGUGGGGCUGCUGCACGCGUGGUCGGCCGCGCUGCUCGUGGGCGUCCACCCGCUGAGGGUGGAGCCCCUCGCGUGGGCCUCAGGCCUGCCCUUCGAGAUCUCCACCGCCCUCGCGCUGCUGGCCGCGCUCUGCCACGUCGCGCACCGCUCAGGCCCCGGGGGCGGGCCGCCGCGCCUGCUCGCGCGGCCGCUGGGGCCGUGGCGGCUGGCCUCGGCGGUGCUCUUGCUGCUCGCCUGCAACGCCAAGGCGGCGGCCCUGGGCGUCGUCGGUGCCCUCGGCGCCCUGGACCUCGUGCUGCUGUGGGAGCUGCACGGCGGGGGCGGCUGGCGGGCGCUCGCCGGCCGCGCCCUCGCCCUGGCGGCCGACGACGGCCUGCUGGCCGCGGCGGCCGUGGCCUCCGCGCGGGGGGCGUUCCUGGCGUCCAGCGGCGGCGAUCCGGGCUGCAGGUUUGCCUUCACCCUGUGGCAGCGGUGGCUGCGGGCCUCGUACAUGUGCGUCUUGUACGCCGUGCAGCAGGUGUGGCCCGCCGACCUCUGCGUGCUGCACGCGGUUCCCCUCCAGGACAUCGACGGGGGCACCUGAGGCGCUGCCUUCGGAGGGCAGCCCGCGGCGCUGGCGCUGGCGGCGCUGGCGGCCCGCCGCUGCGCGGCCCUCGAGCC